UAAACAUCAGUUCACAAAUUCUUAAAACCCGUCAGUGGUCAAUGUUUACCGAUUAGCAUUACUUACAUCGCAGUAAACGGUCGUUGCAUUGUGCCUAUAAUAAUUUCCCGAUAUUUUUCAAAAAUCGACAUACAAUACUCAAAUAUUUAUUGCUCAUUUGGAGGAUUUUUUGAGACAAUCUGCGGAAAAAUGAGUGUACUACGUCUGUCAAUCGUUUUUGCAGUAUUAACUUGCAUAUGGGCCCAAAAGCCGUUUUAUGCAUCCAGCAAUAAUCAGUAUCCAAGCGUCUUACCCCAAAAUCUACCACCAAGUAAUUCAGAUGUGGGGAACAGGAUUGGCGAAAACUCCACGCCUGACCCAUUCCUGGGUUCGGAAAAGCAGCCGAUAUACAACGUGGAAAAAGAACUGGUUGAUAGAAUAUCAAGCCAGUAUCCCAGAGACAAGCAACCGUUUUGGUAUGUGAAUGCUGCACAGCUGGACAGCAUCAGGUACCAACAGCAACCGGUGGUACAACCAGCUGUACAACCGGCCGUACAACCGACUGUACAACCGACGAGGCGUCAACUAGUAAACGUUCAACAACAACAGCGCAAUUGACAUUUUCCAUCAGGAAAAGCGUCACGAGAACGCUAUAUUAUUAUAAAAUAUUAUAUUCACCAUAUUAUUAUCACAAAUCUUAACGUCUCUGAACAUUAGAAAUUGAUUCAGGAAGUAGUUAAAUAUAAUAAUAAUAGGAUUAUAUUAUAUUGCCAAAAGAGUUUAUAACUUAUCUAGACAGUUAGGUUCUAUCGAUUCAUUUAUCAUUUAAUAAUGUAUGAUGAUUAAUGAAUUACAAAAAAUGAUUUCGAUUCUAGUGUAAUUUAAAAUAUUUACACCUAUCCAAAUACACAGUUUCGUCGAUCAUUUUUAACUAAGUAAAUAUAUGUUACUAACGUAAUUAGGUAAAUCGUUUUUUAAUUUAUGUGUUGUUUACAAUUUCAAAUAUACUAUGGAACUUAACUGAUAUACACUUUUAUUUUGAAAAUACAUUUUUAAAAGUGUUUAUUUCUCGUGAAAAAAUGUAAAAUUAUCAAAUUCAAAUAAGUAUUGCGACUUUGAUUAGCUAUAAUAUAUAUAAUAAAAUAAGACAUUAGUAAAUAGGAAUAAUGUCUAACAACUUUGUAUCAACGUCAUUGUAAAAGUAUUAUUUAAUAAUUUAUCUUUCUUGUAUACCUACCUACUAAAUAUAAUAUUUAGUAUUUAAUUUUUUUAUCUCAAGUAAUAAAUUAUAUUGUUUUA